AUGUCUGGCAAGAAGCCAAGAAAAGUGAGAAUGGGGUCAUCACGACAACGCCGUCGGAAUCAAGAUGAAGAUGAGACUAAUAAAGAUGAUGAUGGGUCCGAAAUGUCGUCAAAGGAAAGGAAAGUAGUUGAAGUUGGUGUUGAUUCAGUUUCAGUGAUACUCCAAACGGACCUUGUCUCAUCAGAUAACUUAUCAUCAAUAACACAACAAUACACGGAAGGAAAUAAUCCGCCAUUAAAUGACCUCACAGAGUCACAGCUGGCUCAACCUGGAAACCCAUAUCUGCUCAAAUCACCUGACACUGCAGGGAAGAGAAGGAAAAUGGGGUCUACUCGUAGGAAUAAAGGUAAACAAGAAGAGACAGACUUUGGGGAGAAAGAAGACGCCAAAACUGGAGACACAGAAAAAUCCCUAGAACUUCAGGCAUCCAUUGCAGUUGUGGAAUCUGGGUCUCACAGCAACACAGAAGAGCUCCUGGGUCCAAAAGAAAGUGAAAUGGACACUGAGUGCAGAAGUCAAAGUGAGAUUAUUUUGAUUGCUUCUAGCACACUCGACCAACCGGAUGACCGAUGUAAAGAGGAAGUUGGUGAGGAUACUGAAACUAGUAGGGAAGCUGUUGUUAGUUACAGCAGUGAAUUGCUUCAAGAUACUCUUGGAAUCGAUUCACUCUCGCAUUUGCCCCUAGACCUUUCAUUGCAAGUUGUUCAAGGAUUCGCUGCUGAACCCAUAACAGAGGAGUUGAAGAAAGAGGAAGAGAGGAGGCAGGAAAGUGAGCAUGCCGAGGCGGAGUCCUCCACAUUUCACAGCUCUAGGCAUACAUUAGCUCAAUCCCUUGAGUCAGACACUUUAACCAACACAGAAGAUUUUGAGUCAUUCAAUGACACAAUAAUCCUCCAAAGUGGAGAAGGUGAAGAGAAACUUGAACCUGCUGUAAAUGAGUCAGAGUUGCAAGAUGAUAUUAACUCUACUGGUCCAGGCAAUCAGGAAACAUUGCACCAAAGAGAUGAAGCUGAGGACUUUAUUGAUCUGAUAGUUGAGGAAAAUAUAGUACUGGCAUAUAGACCUCAUUUUAGACAACCAGACCAUGUAGAAAGCUAUCAACCUGAGCAAAGAGAGGAUAUUACCAGCUUUUUACAAUCAAACCCCUCAGACAGCUCUUUGGGUCAUGACAAAAGUGCUCAAUCAGAAUCCAGGAGAAGAAAGAUGGGUUCAACUCGCAGGAAUCCUAGAGGUAGACAUGAGGAGGAAGAACAUGGAGAGAGUAAGAUGCAUAGAUAUCGUUAUCUUUAUGAUGAGGGAGAAGAGGUCACAGUGGGAAAAGAGGAAAUGUUUGGCAUCGAAGAAACUGAGUUGGUAAUGUCUAUGGAGCCUAAAGGUAGCACCAGUGGAGACGAAAAAGAAGGAAAGCAGACGGAAAAGGAGAAUUUCCAAACGGAGGAAGACACAGAAAACAUAGAAGAGACAGGAGAGAGGUUAGAGUGGGAAAUGGGAACAGUGGAAGGAUCUGGUGUUGAAACAUUGGAAGAGUCACUGAAGUUAUUGGAACCGGAACAUAGUGCCGAUGAGGAGAAGAAAGGAAUGGAUGAAGAAAGUCUGAUUGAACCCACCCCUUUUCACCAAGACAUUGAUUCAUUUGGUAUUGCAGAUCAAUUACAUAACCAAGAGAAAUGCAACAGAGUCACUGCAGAAACUGUCAAUACAGAAACUGAGAUCAACAAUGAAGCAAGCAUGGACCACAUAGUUGACCCAAUAGAGGUCUUCAGUGUUGGACUGGACCAAUCAGAAGACACUUUACUCAUUGAGGAAGAAGUUAGUGAUUUCACACUGCUUGUGAAUGAUUCUGAAGUGAACGAGAACAGCCAAAUAACAUGUGAUCGUGCUCUUAAAAUAGAGUCAGAUGACACUUUGAGCACUGAUCCCAAAAUCUAUCCUAGUCAUCUCAUCCAAACUCCAUGUAUGGAAAUCACUAACCCCUUUCUCACCCCACUAUUACUGCAGAGUAUUCAGGGGAAUGAGGAGGGUGCAAACACUGACUCCAAUACCACAGGCGGACUGGACACAUCAGAGGUCAUUUUACUCAGCGAGGAGGAAGUUAGUGAUCGUGUGCUGCUUGUAAAUGAAGUGAGUGUCAGUAGCCAAAUGACGUAUGAUGAUAGAACUCUCACAACAGAGACCUGCCAAACAGAUGAGGCUUUGAGCGCUGAUCCCAAUAUCUCUGGUAGUCAAUGCAACCAAACUCCAUACUCGGAUGAAAGCCAUAACUCCUUUCUCAAUCCACUCUUACUGCAGAGUGUUCAAGACCAAGGUGUUAAUGCAGCAAACACAGACUCCAAUCAGAGUCCUUCUCCAAACAGGAGGAGAAAGAUGGGGUCGACUCGUAAGCAUCCUCGAGGUGCACAAAGAGAAGAGGAGGGCACAGAGGAGAAACAAGAAGGUGAAAUAGAAAGCACAGAGGCGAUAGAAGACAAGGGAGAAAACAUGGAAGUAGUGGAAGGUUCUUGCAUAGAGUUUGAAAUGUUGAUGGAAUCUAAGGAUGGAGCUGGUAAUGAGAAGAAUGAAGGAGAAGAGAAAAAUGAGGAGAGUGUCCUGACUGACCUCAGCUGUUCAUUCAGUACUUCAAAUCAAGAGGGAAGAAACAUAGAGGCUGACAAUAUAGAAAGUGAGAGCCAAUCAAUUAUAAAGGAAUCAAUGGCAACAAAACUCAUGCUUCUACGUGAAGCAGAGUUGACUGAGAUUAGUCAAACUCUUCACAACCCUUACCCUGAUGUUCCUACUGUAGAGUCAUAUGACUCCUACCUGACCGAUGACACACUGAACUCAAAUCCUGCCAUCACUGUUUUGCAACACAAAGAAACAGCAUUGGAGGAAACACUUGAUGAAUCAAGAGAAAACACUGACUCCCCUCCAGAUCCACCUUCACUGCAGAGUUCUCUUGGUCCAGAGGAAACAGCAGAGGUAGAAUCCUACACCCCAAGGAGGAAAAGGAAGAUCGGUUCCACUCGCAGCAAGACUCAUCAAGGUAAAAAAGGAGAGGAGAGAAGAGAGGAGGGACAGGAGGAGGAGAAAGGAGAAGACACAGAGGUUAUAGGAGAGGUUGGAGAUGUCAUGAUAGCAGUAGAAAUGGAGUCCAGCAUAGAAAAGACUGAGCUUGUACAGCUUGAGGAACUUCUAGAAAAAGUGACAGAGGAGCAGGUGUUGGGAGACCCAGAGACCGUAGUAGUGGAGGGAGAGGUCAACAUUGUAGUAGAAGGAGAAUCUGGCAUAGAAAAGUCUGAGCUUGUAGAACAUACAGAAAAAAUCAGAGAGGCGGAGGAGAUAGAAGUAGAAGUGAAAAUAGUUGCAGAGAGCGAGAGCAGCCAAACUCCCUCUUACACAGCAGCUCUUACAGUAGAGGCCCAAGAGUCAGGUGAAAUGGUUUGUACAGAGCCUCAUAUAACAUCACAAUACAUGGAAGACAAUAAUCCCUCAUUAAAUGACCUCACAAAGUCAAAGCUGUCUCAAACUGGAAACCCAUAUCUGCUAAGAUCACCUGACACUGCAGGGACGAGAAGGAAAAUGGGGUCUACUCGUAGGAAUAAAGGUAAACGAGAAGAGACAGACUUUGGGGAGAAAGAAGACGCCAAAACUGGAGACACAGAAAAAUCCCUAGAACUUCAGGCAUCCAUUGCAGUUGUGGAAUCUGGGUCUCACAGCAACACAGAAGAGCUCCUGGGUCCAAAAGAAAGUGAAAUGGACACUGAGUGCAGAAGUCAAAGUGAGAUUAUUUUGAUUGCUUCUAGCACACUCGACCAACCGGAUGACCGAUGUAAAGAGGAAGUUGGUGAGGAUACUGAAACUAGUAGUGAAGCUGUAGUUAGUUACAGCAGUGAAUUGCUUCAAGAUACUCUUGGAAUAGAAUCACUCUCGCAUCUGCCCCUAGACCUUUCAUUGCAAGUUGUUCAAGGAUUUGCUGAUGAACCCAUAACAGAGGAGUUGAAGAAAGAGGAAGAGAGGAGGCAGGAAAGUGAGCAUGCCGAGGCGGAGUCCUCCACAUUUCACAGCUCUAGGCAUACAUUAGAUCAAUCCCUUGAGUCAGAUGCUUUAAACAACACAGAAGAUUUUGAGUCAUUCAAUAACACAAUAAUCCUCCAAAGUGGAGAAGGUGAAGAGAAACUUGAACCUGCUGUAAAUGAGUCAGAGUUGCAAGAUGAUAUUAACUCUACUGGUCCAGGCAAUCAGGAAACAUUGCACCAAAGAGAUGAAGCUGAGGACUUUAUUGAUCUGAUAGUUGAGGAAAAUGUAGUACUGGCAUAUAGACCUCAUUUUAGACAACCAGACCAUGUAGAAAGCUAUCAACCUGAGCAAAGAGAGGAUAUUACCAGCUUUUUACAAUCAAACCCCUCAGACAGCUCUUUGGGUCAUGACAAAAGUGCUCAAUCAGAAUCCAGGAGAAGAAAGAUGGGUUCAACUCGCAGGAAUCCUAGAGGUAGACAUGAGGAGGAAGAACAUGGAGAGAGUAAGAUGCAUAGAUAUCGUUAUCUUUAUGAUGAGGGAGAAGAGGUCACAGUGGGAAAAGAGGAAAUGUUUGGCAUCGAAGAAACUGAGUUGGUAAUGUCUAUGGAGCCUAAAGGUAGCACCAGUGGAGACGAAAAAGAAGGAAAGCAGACGGAAAAGGAGAAUUUCCAAACGGAGGAAGACACAGAAAACAUAGAAGAGACAGGAGAGAGGUUAGAGUGGGAAAUGGGAACAGUGGAAGGAUCUGGUGUUGAAACAUUGGAAGAGUCACUGAAGUUAUUGGAACCGGAACAUAGUGCCGAUGAGGAGAAGAAAGGAAUGGAUGAAGAAAGUCUGAUUGAACCCACCCCUUUUCACCAAGACAUUGAUUCAUUUGGUAUUGCAGAUCAAUUACAUAACCAAGAGAAAUGCAACAGAGUCACUGCAGAAACUGUCAAUACAGAAACUGAGAUCAACAAUGAAGCAAGCAUGGACCACAUAGUUGACCCAAUAGAGGUCUUCAGUGUUGGACUGGACCAAUCAGAAGACACUUUACUCAUUGAGGAAGAAGUUAGUGAUUUCACACUGCUUGUGAAUGAUUCUGAAGUGAACGAGAACAGCCAAAUAACAUGUGAUCGUGCUCUUAAAAUAGAGUCAGAUGACACUUUGAGCACUGAUCCCAAAAUCUAUCCUAGUCAUCUCAUCCAAACUCCAUGUAUGGAAAUCACUAACCCCUUUCUCACCCCACUAUUACUGCAGAGUAUUCAGGGGAAUGAGGAGGGUGCAAACACUGACUCCAAUACCACAGGCGGACUGGACACAUCAGAGGUCAUUUUACUCAGCGAGGAGGAAGUUAGUGAUCGUGUGCUGCUUGUAAAUGAAGUGAGUGUCAGUAGCCAAAUGACGUAUGAUGAUAGAACUCUCACAACAGAGACCUGCCAAACAGAUGAGGCUUUGAGCGCUGAUCCCAAUAUCUCUGGUAGUCAAUGCAACCAAACUCCAUACUCGGAUGAAAGCCAUAACUCCUUUCUCAAUCCACUCUUACUGCAGAGUGUUCAAGACCAAGGUGUUAAUGCAGCAAACACAGACUCCAAUCAGAGUCCUUCUCCAAACAGGAGGAGAAAGAUGGGGUCGACUCGUAAGCAUCCUCGAGGUGCACAAAGAGAAGAGGAGGGCACAGAGGAGAAACAAGAAGGUGAAAUAGAAAGCACAGAGGCGAUAGAAGACAAGGGAGAAAACAUGGAAGUAGUGGAAGGUUCUUGCAUAGAGUUUGAAAUGUUGAUGGAAUCUAAGGAUGGAGCUGGUAAUGAGAAGAAUGAAGGAGAAGAGAAAAAUGAGGAGAGUGUCCUGACUGACCUCAGCUGUUCAUUCAGUACUUCAAAUCAAGAGGGAAGAAACAUAGAGGCUGACAAUAUAGAAAGUGAGAGCCAAUCAAUUAUAAAGGAAUCAAUGGCAACAAAACUCAUGCUUCUACGUGAAGCAGAGUUGACUGAGAUUAGUCAAACUCUUCACAACCCUUACCCUGAUGUUCCUACUGUAGAGUCAUAUGACUCCUACCUGACCGAUGACACACUGAGCUCAAAUCCUGCCAUCACUGUUUUGCAACACAAAGAAACAGCAUUGGAGGAAACACUUGAUGAAUCAAGAGACAACACUGACUCCCCUCCAGAUCCACCCUCACUGCAGAGUUCUCUUGGUCCAGAGGAAACAGCAGAGGUAGAAUCCUACACCCCAAGGAGGAAAAGGAAGAUCGGUUCCACUCGCAGCAAGACUCAUCAAGGUAAAAAAGGAGAGGAGAGAAGAGAGGAGGGACAGGAGGAGGAGAAAGGAGAAGACACAGAGGUUAUAGGAGAGGUUGGAGAUGUCAUGAUAGCAGUAGAAAUGGAGUCCAGCAUAGAAAAGACUGAGCUUGUACAGCUUGAGGAACUUCUAGAAAAAGUGACAGAGGAGCAGGUGUUGGGAGACCCAGAGACCGUAGUAGUGGAGGGAGAGGUCAACAUUGUAGUAGAAGGAGAAUCUGGCAUAGAAAAGUCUGAGCUUGUAGAACAUACAGAAAAAAUCAGAGAGGCGGAGGAGAUAGAAGUAGAAGUGAAAAUAGUUGCAGAGAGCGAGAGCAGCCAAACUCCCUCUUACACAGCAGCUCUUACAGUAGAGGCCCAAGAGUCAGGGGAAAUGGUUUGUACAGAGCCUCAUAUAACAUCACAAUACAUGGAAGACAAUAAUCCCUCAUUAAAUGACCUCACAAAGUCAAAGCUGUCUCAAACUGGAAACCCAUAUCUGCUAAGAUCACCUGACACUGCAGGGACGAGAAGGAAAAUGGGGUCUACUCGUAGGAAUAAAGGUAAACGAGAAGAGACAGACUUUGGGGAGAAAGAAGACGCCAAAACUGGAGACACAGAAAAAUCCCUAGAACUUCAGGCAUCCAUUGCAGUUGUGGAAUCUGGGUCUCACAGCAACACAGAAGAGCUCCUGGGUCCAAAAGAAAGUGAAAUGGACACUGAGUGCAGAAGUCAAAGUGAGAUUAUUUUGAUUGCUUCUAGCACACUCGACCAACCGGAUGACCGAUGUAAAGAGGAAGUUGGUGAGGAUACUGAAACUAGUAGUGAAGCUGUAGUUAGUUACAGCAGUGAAUUGCUUCAAGAUACUCUUGGAAUAGAAUCACUCUCGCAUCUGCCCCUAGACCUUUCAUUGCAAGUUGUUCAAGGAUUUGCUGAUGAACCCAUAACAGAGGAGUUGAAGAAAGAGGAAGAGAGGAGGCAGGAAAGUGAGCAUGCCGAGGCGGAGUCCUCCACAUUUCACAGCUCUAGGCAUACAUUAGAUCAAUCCCUUGAGUCAGAUGCUUUAAACAACACAGAAGAUUUUGAGUCAUUCAAUAACACAAUAAUCCUCCAAAGUGGAGAAGGUGAAGAGAAACUUGAACCUGCUGUAAAUGAGUCAGAGUUGCAAGAUGAUAUUAACUCUACUGGUCCAGGCAAUCAGGAAACAUUGCACCAAAGAGAUGAAGCUGAGGACUUUAUUGAUCUGAUAGUUGAGGAAAAUAUAGUACUGGCAUAUAGACCUCAUUUUAGACAACCAGACCAUGUAGAAAGCUAUCAACCUGAGCAAAGAGAGGAUAUUACCAGCUUUUUACAAUCAAACCCCUCAGACAGCUCUUUGGGUCAUGACAAAAGUGCUCAAUCAGAAUCCAGGAGAAGAAAGAUGGGUUCAACUCGCAGGAAUCCUAGAGGUAGACAUGAGGAGGAAGAACAUGGAGAGAGUAAGAUGCAUAGAUAUCGUUAUCUUUAUGAUGAGGGAGAAGAGGUCACAGUGGGAAAAGAGGAAAUGUUUGGCAUCGAAGAAACUGAGUUGGUAAUGUCUAUGGAGCCUAAAGGUAGCACCAGUGGAGACGAAAAAGAAGGAGAGCAGACGGAAAAGGAGAAUUUCCAAACGGAGGAAGACACAGAAAACAUAGAAGAGACAGGAGAGAGGUUAGAGUGGGAAAUGGGAACAGUGGAAGGAUCUGGUGUUGAAACAUUGGAAGAGUCACUGAAAUUAUUGGAACCGGAACAUAGUGCCGAUGAGGAGAAGAAAGGAAUGGAUGAAGAAAGUCUGAUUGAACCCACCCCUUUUGACCAAGACAUCGAUUCAUUUGGUAUUGCAGAUCAAUUACAUAACCAAGAGAAAUGCAACAGAGUCACUGCAGAAACUGUCAAUACAGAAACUGAGAUCAACAAUGAAGCAAGCAUGGACCACAUAGUUGACCCAAUAGAGGUCUUCAGUGUUGGACUGGACCAAUCAGAAGACACUUUACUCAUUGAGGAAGAAGUUAGUGAUUUCACACUGCUUGUGAAUGAUUCUGAAGUGAACGAGAACAGCCAAAUAACAUGUGAUCGUGCUCUUAAAAUAGAGUCAGAUGACACUUUGAGCACUGAUCCCAAAAUCUCUCCUAGUCAUCUCAUCCAAACUCCAUGUAUGGAAAUCACUAACCCCUUUCUCACCCCACUAUUACUGCAGAGUAUUCAGGGGAAUGAGGAGGGUACAAACACUGACUCCAAUACCACAGGCGGACUGGACACAUCAGAGGUCAUUUUACUCAGCGAGGAGGAAGUUAGUGAUCGUGUGCUGCUUGUAAAUGAAGUGAGUGUCAGUAGCCAAAUGACGUAUGAUGAUAGAACUCUCACAACAGAGACCUGCCAAACAGAUGAGGCUUUGAGCGCUGAUCCCAAUAUCUCUGGUAGUCAAUGCAACCAAACUCCAUACUCGGAUGAAAGCCAUAACUCCUUUCUCAAUCCACUCUUACUGCAGAGUGUUCAAGACCAAGGUGUUAAUGCAGCAAACACAGACUCCAAUCAGAGUCCUUCUCCAAACAGGAGGAGAAAGAUGGGGUCGACUCGUAGGCAUCCUCGAGGUGCACAAAGAGAAGAGGAUGGCACAGAGGAGAAACAAGAAGGUGAAAUAGAAAGCACAGAGGCGAUAGAAGACAAGGGAGAAAACAUGGAAGUAGUGGAAGGUUCUUGCAUAGAGUUUGAAAUGUUGAUGGAAUCUAAGGAUGGAGCUGGUAAUGAGAAGAAUGAAGGAGAAGAGAAAAAUGAGGAGAGUGUCCUGACUGACCUCAGCUGUUCAUUCAGUACUUCAAAUCAAGAGGGAAGAAACAUAGAGGCUGACAAUAUAGAAAGUGAGAGCCAAUCAAUUAUAAAGGAAUCAAUGGCAACAAAACUCAUGCUUCUAAGUGAAGCAGAGUUGACUGAGAAUAGACAAACUCUUCACAACCCUGAUUUUUCUACUCUUGACUCCUACCUGACCGAUGACGCACUGAUCUCAACAGAAAAAGUUAGAGAGGCGGAGGAGAUUGAGGUAGAAGUGAAAAUAGUCGCAGCGAGCAAGAGCAGCCAAACUCCCUUUGACACAUCAGCUCUUACAAUAGAGGCCCAAGGGUCAGGCGAUAUGGUUUGUAUAGACCCUCAUAUCUCUGCUAUUCAACUUACCCAAACAGCUGACAUGGAACAACGUCUGUUUACACCAAGUAAUAGCCCCAAUCUUCCUUCGAAAUCAUCUCUGUCUCUGAGUUCCCAAUCUCACGAGGAUGUUGGUGAAUCCAAAGCUACAGGGAAGAGAAUAAAUAUGGUCUCUACUCAUCGGACACGAGAAGCAGAGACGCAGGAGACAGGAGAAAAUGUAACAGAGGCAGAGGUCAGAGCUGAAGCCAUUGGAAAUCCAGAAGUUAAUGCUGUUUUGGAAAGAUUUCAAGAGGAGCACAGGGCUGAAGCUGUCAGUCUGGAGGACCAACAGGAGAGACAGAGCACAGAGAAGGAGGUACUGUGGCUUUCCUUACAAAUUGCUUCACUUAUUCUAUUAAACUCAUAGCGUUCUUGAUGUAGAUAAACAUCCCGCGGCUCAGUACUUGAGGAUAUUUUAUUAUUCAACAUUUUAUGAUAAAGAGCUGCAGUGUGCAAAGUUGUCAUUAAGGUAAAGGGUGGCUAUUUGAAGAAUCUCAAAUAUAUAAUAUAUUUUGAUUUGUUUAACACUUUUUUGGUUACUACAUGAUUCCAUAUGUGUUAUUUCAUAGUUUUGAUGUCUUCACUAUUAUUCUACAAUGUAGAAAAUAUUAAAAAUAAAGAAAAACCCUUGAAUGAGUAGGUGUGUCCAAACUUUUGACUGGUACUAUAUGUUAAACAUCUGAUUUGUUACUUUUAAAUGUUUUACAUAGUGUGUAUACCAGACAGUAUAUAGAAUAUUGAACACACAAUGGUAUUACACAUUUAAUUUUGAAGAGAUGAUCAUAACCUGUUCGUUGUGGGAGAUAAUGUUUUCUAUUUGUCUAAGGUGGUUGCCUCAAGCACUGCUUUGAGUGGAAUAGGGUCUGAACAAGUGGCUCCAGCUCCACAACCAGGCCCUGGGAAUAAAAGAGGUCAAGAAAAGGCAGAGCGUGUGGAGAAGGUCCCGGUCACCAGAGAGAAGAAGAUACAGCCACCGGGUAAGUAUGGAAUGGCAGCAGUAAGGGGGUACAAGUGGUAUGGAAAGGUUAGUCUUGAGUAAGUAAGCCCACCUGGCAGGAAUCACCUGAAAUUAAUUGCUGGAUAUGCACUGUUGAGGACCUUUGUUCUCCACUUGGAGCGAAAAGGAAUAAGUCAAGUUAGGUUUGAGUGAGAUCAGGGAAGUGAUAUCGACUGUAAUAGACCUGUCUCUCUGAUCCCCCUCCAGGUACCUUUGGAAGCUCUGGCUCUAGAUCAAACCCCUACAACGUGGUGAUGGUUGGAAACAGCAGUGUGGGCAAAACCUCCUUCAUGAGGCGCUUCCAAAGUGGAGAGUUCUGUCUGCACCACGAUGCUACCAUUGGUGAGUAUCAUCAUCCUUGUAGUAUGUUUGGCAUCAUGCCCUUUCGUGUCAUGUGAAGAAACGAACACCCUGUGGUAUUACUGUACAUUACUGUGCUGCUCAUUCAUGUCUGGUUUCAGUUUUUUUUUUUUGUGUGCUUAUGAUCUGAGCAGGUAUUGAUACCUGUAUACAGUCUGUGACAGUGGAUGCAAGCCCAGUGACUCUACAGUUAUGGGAUACUGCAGGUCAGGAAAGGUGGGUCUCUGACUUAAGUUCAUCACAGUUGUUCAUCAUAUGUAAUGCAUCGAUACAGAAUCUGUUCCUCUGUGUGUGUUUUAUUUGUUAGUAUAUAAUUAAAUACAUGUUAUACUAUUGUUACAUUACUCUUCACUCUCCUCCCCAGGUUCCACAGCAUCACCAGACAAGUGUUCCACAAAGCCCAGGGUCUACUGCUGAUAUAUGACAUCACUUCCUCUCAGAGCUUCUGUGACGUCCGCUACUGGGUCAACUGCAUUCAGGUAGGGGGGCAUUUAAAUAAUGCCUUUAAUAGUAUAAUCAAAUAACAACUAUGUAACUACACAAACAAUUGUUUGCAGGAUUCACAGUUGUUCCACUGGUAUCUAUUGUACUGUCAUAAACUUUUGGAUUUUGUAGGAGGGGGCCCCAGAUGAUGUCAUCGUUAUACUCCUUGGGAACAAGACUGAUUGUGCUGAACUACAACGAGAGGUUCAGACUCAUGAAGGGGAGAACCUUGCAAAGGUAUGUUGACGUUACUGUAACUUUAACAGCCUGAAUGUGGGCGACUGGACUGCAGGAUCUACAGGUGAUGUGGUAUACAUGGUUAUUUUACAGUUAUAUAGCUGGUGCUGAAAUUGACAGUGGUACCAAAGCAUGAUUGAGAUCAUUCAUAAUAAAUACAAAUAAUACUUUUAUUGACGACACUUGCCCUCACUCUUACAGAGGUACGACAUGCUCUUUAUGGAGUGUAGUGCUGCUACAGGUGACAAUGUGACUCUGUCUAUGGAAACUCUGGCAAGGUAAGACAUGCCGACAGGUCUUUCAUGUACAGUACAAGCUAUUGUUUGUUGGUGUUGUUGUGUGUAGUCUGGAUUUGGCUGCAUAUUGUCAUCAUCUGCAUGUGGAAGAUGACUCUGUUCUGUGAAUAUUCAAACAUUGAUUUGGUGUGUUGUUGCUUCAAGGAUGCUAAAGAAGGUGGGUGAGGAGACAAGACAAGAAGAGGGAAGCUUGGUAUUGCAGAAAGAACCCCCAAAGAAGAAAUCAGGCUGCUGCUGAUCAAGGUGGAGAAGAUUGGUCCAUCUCAUAAUGUGCAGCACAUACACGCACGUACGCACACACAUACGAACGCAUGCACGUACGCACACACACAAAAUGUAUUUGUGCCUUAUAAGCCCUUAUGAUUGUAUUUUUACUUCUAAAUGUUCUAUAUGUAAUAUAUCAGAUUUGAAUGAAAACAAUAUUUUGUCAAUGCAUGCCAAAGCAUAUACUGUAGUGGUAUUAAUGUGACGCUUGAGAUGAUUCUCCCUUUGGUACUUCUUUCAAACACUGUUUGUGGAGGAACAUUUUUAUUAAAUUAUUAAGAGAUAUAUAUUCAUACCAACAAUAUUUAUUUACAGUAGAUAGUGUCAUAUUACAAUUAAUUGUAGGGUUUCUUUUUUCUUGUAAAACAUCCAGCUAUGCAGUUUAUACAAGCCUAAUAAAUGCAUAAUACAUUCAAUUGCCUCCAUAAUUCCAGUCAUAUUGACAGAAAAUAUUACAAAUUAUUGUUGUAACUAUUACUGUGAGUUCCAGGAGCUGCCACGCUCUUCCGAUCCAUCGAUCUGAUUGACUCAGUGCUAUUAUCACAUUGUACCUAAUCUAUAUAGACUAGAAGGGACUAGAAGUCAGAGAUGUUCAGAGUGUGAUUGCAUCGAUUGUUGUGUUGCCUCGUGGGUUCCAGAGCCACAGUAUGGCUAGCACCAUCAGGCUGAGGAACACAGCAAACGCUAUGAAGAAGACCUCUGCUGCCCACUGGCCAUUCUGCACACCUGUCACCACCAGGGGGCGCUCUGAAGGGAUCAGGUUGGUCAGGUUCAACAUGUAGCCAAGCGUCCAGCUGAUGUCUGUGUCUGCCACCUGAUAGACAAUGAUGUCUAUAAACAUAUAUGUAUGCAUAUGAUAGACACACAGCUUCAUUGAGGUAGCACAGCUAUUCACAUUCAAUGCCACACAAAAACAGUCAUUUUUUCAUUAAUUCUGUGGUAAAAUUUCAUUCAGUGUCCUGAAGUUAAAUCGAAUUGGAUGUUGAUGUUUUACAUAUUUCAAUACACAAGUGUAUAGUUAAACACACACCUGUCUCUGGAAGUAUAUGUUUCCCCAGGUCUGGUUGAACUUGUAGCCGUCUAGUAGUACUGUCAUUAUGUAGUUGGCGGAGGCACAGUAAUCACGAAGGUACUUGUCUUUUUCACUAUACUCUGUCUUGAGCUGCCAAAAUAAUGGUUAUUAUCAUAAACAAAGUUGUAGUAAUAUCGGGGCCGAUUUUGACCCGAGUUAAGUGGUGUAAGUGCACUUUUCUCUCUAUGCGUAUUCUGACCUUGAAUUUAAGCAUGAGAAUAGCAUGCUAUUCACCCACUAUUUGUUGGGGGUGAUCUAAUAAAUGAAGGUGUGUCUACAGAUAUGCUGUAUUCUGACCUUGACUUGAAAACCAUGAAUAAGGUCCAGUGGAAAAAGCAUCUACUUAUUUUUUUUGAUAGAAAUAACACCAUUCUCCAUGCACUGUAAUUUAUAAUAAUAAUAAUAAUAAUAAUAAUAAUAAUAAUAAUAAUUUACAACUUGAUAAGAGCUAGGUAAAUAAUUAAUCAGUUUGGCUACCCUGACUUUCUCCGUCUCCUAUUUCUAUCAUGUUAAAUAUUAGUAUCGACCAUCAGUAGCCCUAAUAACCACACAUAUUCAACUGCCAAUUUACUUUUAGUUCACUUCAGUUGGUAUAGCCUACAUUACCAUUACAUUUAAUUACAUUGUCUCAUUUACUUUCAUUUGCUUCCUUUGUAAACACCAUCACUGCCAUGUGGUUGUUGCUGAGAAUCAUUAGUAACAGUUGAUAAUAUAAAAAAAAUACAUGUCGGCUAAUUAAAUCGUUAUGGAGCGGAGCACAGGCCAAGCCGUAACAGAUUGAACCCGAUACUUGGCGCAAUACUUGGCAAUGUCAUCACACAGUUCCAUGGUUAGUGCAGGCAAUAGACGAAGGUAUAGCCUACUAUUGUACACUAUUCUCCCUAUUAUAAUUCUAUAUAUACUAAUCUUCCAACAUUGCCAUGGUUUGAAGAACUGAAUGUGGCAAUUUUCUGAAUUAAUAAAACCACCGUUAUCUUUCUUUCAUGCGUAAAGGCUCUCCCAACCUGUUUUUAUGAUUCAAAAACACUUUCCUAAAGCUAAAUAAUCUACAAGAUCAGAGUAUUUUUAAAUCUAUAAAUUGGGGCUGAAAAGGAAACGAAUAUCAUUUACAUUUACAUUUUAGCAGACGCUCUUAUCCAGAGCGACUUACAGUUAGUGAGUGCAUACAUUUUUAUUUUUUAUUUUUUUCAUACUGGCCCCCCGUGGGAAUCGAACCCACAACCCUGGCGUUGCAAACGCCAUGCUCUACCAACUGAGCUACAUCCCUAUAUUUAGAUGGAUUUCUUUCGAUGAUCCCUAAUAUUCUGAACACGUUCUCUCGAUAUAUCCUGUAUGUUUUCUGUUGACAAAAUUCUACCUAAAAGGUACACUGUAUUUAAAGGGAUGGCUUAAGAAAAUCUGUUGACCAGCAAGUGGGAGUGUUUUCAGCGGUUGAAUUAUAUUUAUUCAGCAAGGUAGGCAUACCUGCAGAGUGUGUUAUCCGACUGAAUAAGGUAAGUCUGAAUACCAAAUACUGAGAAGUGCGUAGGAAAGUUAGCUGACGACACGACAGCAGUAGGCCUGAUUGCCAACCACGACGAGACGGUCUACAGAGAGGAGGUAGGCACUCUGACGGCGUGGUGCCAGGUAAGCAACCUCUCCCUCAACAUCAGCAAAACAAAGGAGCUGAUUGUGGACUUCAGGAGGAACCAGGCUAGGCACGUCCCCAUCCUCAUCAACGGGGCCACCAUGGAGACGGUCAAAAACACAUCUCUGAGGAGCUGAAAUGGUCAACCACGCGGGCACCGUGGUGAAUAGCCACCACUAGUCAGCUACCUGCUGCCCUGUAAUUACAUCUGCAACCUUGUACAUGUGACUAUUAAACUCUCUAAUCUAAAAAGAAAGGCGUGUGUAGGAAAGGUAGAAAUUCCUAAAUCUGAAUCUGCCCCAUUGUGAAUGGGGUUAUUAUGAGAAAUACUAUAGUUUGUGUUUAGCUGUUUAGCUGUGAUUGAGUAUGAAUUUAUGAAUCUGUAUACCGGUAUACAGUUUUAGGAAGUGUACUGACAAUGUGAAAGGUCAGCAGAGAUCUCUAUAUCUCACCGAGUCCCAGGUCCUUUUACAGAAAGUGUCUAUAGUGGUGGUAGCCUGAGACAGAGAGGACUGAGGAGCCAGACCAAGGAAGUCAAAGGUGUAAUAGUACGUUGAGAAAGCCUAGAGAGAAGAAACAGUAUGAUGGUGACAAUAUAUACUGUACAUAGGGUUCAGACAUCUUUCAAAUUGGAUUGUUUGAUUGAGCCUGCCUGGAGUGCCAGUUGAGUAGGGUUUGCGUAGGUAUGGGAUGGAUACUCACAAAGAAGUAGCCACUGACUGGGGGCUGGUAGACCCCGUUGAAGCCACAGGCAGGGGCCAGAGAGCAGGCAGUCAGGUUCAUGAUGUUCUUCAUCUGGUUGAAACACUGCAACGGCUCACUGGUCCCUGUAAAGGUGACCGCUGAGGCCGGGUCAAAGGUCACAGGUCUGGCCACGCAGGGGGAGUCAUAGAGGUCACCCAGAGUCCGGGUUAGGUUGUAGCCCAGGUGGUAGCAGGGGUGCUUGACUGGGCGGGUAGACCCACUCAUCUGAGAGAGGAAGAAGUUUGCUUGAAUCAAAAGAAAAACAGCUCUUUAAACAGCCAUAAAAUGCUUCUGACUCAACUGAGACGCAUUCAGUCAAACAGCUUUAGGGCAAUUAGAUUGGCCCAAAGAUAUUUAUGAUGUGCUUUAAAGCUGGAAUCCAUAGCGGUUAAACUGCCACGUCUGCUUGCAAUAUUACAACAACAAAGACGUUACUUUAAACAACGAACAAGUUUUUCCCCUUGGACAUCAUUGCACGUGCGAUAAAACAGCAGAGUAUGUACUAUGAUUAUUUUUACCAUGAUGCAGGAUGCUCCUCUGACCCGUAAUACAAUUUUAAAAAGAUAUAUAACAAAUGUGUCUGAGGCGUCCAGUGGCUUCCUGAAAACUGGUUUUAUAUUUACUUGUAGGGGGAGUUUACCUGGCAUUUUUACAGUACCCAAAACCAUUCUGCAAUUUCUUUGAGUCAUAUCUAACAGGUGACCAGACAGCUACUUACAGUACCUUCAGUAGAUGAACCAGUAGCUGCCUCAUGGCCUGCUCCUUGCCAUAGCACAGGUAGCUGUGUGUAUACACCUCAUAUUGGUAACCAUAGAGCUUGGGUCCCAGGGCGGAGGCAGGGUCCUGUACAGGCUGGACGGGGGUAAAGGCUAUCUGGGUAGAAGAGCCUCCCAUGUCCAGGGCACCCCAGAUCUUCCUUCCUUUAGGGCUCACCCAUUCUCCCUCAAAGGUGUGCUGCUCAGGAGAAGUACAAAUACUGUAUGUUAGCUAUAAUGUUAAACUGCAAAGACCUGCAAUUCACCAUUAUAACAAGUUAUUACAGUAGUUAUAAAUGGUACUCCUACUGUAUAUCCACAAACCUCUGUUAAUUUUGCCUAAACAAGCUUGAUACCAUUGUCUUGGGAGACCAAGCCUCUGUAGUCGGAGCACUUCAGUCAAGGGUACCACUUUGACUCAACCUCAUAGAUGGGCCUUUCAGUAUUGUGUGUGUGUGUGUGUGUGUGUGUGUGUGUGUGUGUGUGUGUGUAUGUGUGCCCUAUACACACCUUGAUGAAGCUGUCUUGUAGAUAGUUGAUGGUGAUCCAUCCGUAUGCCCCUUCCUCCAUCCCAGAUAGGAUCCGUGCCCCCCGGAAGUCAAUGGGAUACCCCUGGAUCACCUUGGUUACAUGCUCCAACACCUGAUCAGACUGGGUGUGAUUCUGUAGCCUGAGGAGAGGAAAAUAUUCAGCCACUCUUACCGGACAAUGGAAGUAGAUUUCAGAAAUGCUACUUUAUUAUUAAAACCAAGUUCUGCAGCCUGAAAGAGCAUACAGCACCCAGUCAAUAUGUACAGGAGGUUAAAUACACUCUUAGAAAAAAAGGACUUUGGCUGUCCCCAUAGGAGAACGCUUUGUGGUUCCAGGUAGAACCCUCUGUGGAAAGGGUUUUACAUGGAACCCAAAAGGGUUCUACCUGGAACCAAAAGGGGUUCUUCAAAAAGGGUUCUCCUAUGGGGACAGCCGAAGAACUGUUUUAGGUUCUAGAUAGCAACUUUUUUUCUAAGAGUGUAGAUUAGUGGGACGUUUUCCUAGCACAUUCAUUCAUAAAGUCGUAGUAUUGGGAUGUGGUAAAUGGAAAUGAUUACACCUAUCAAGAUAGUGCAGUCUAGACUUACUGCAAGAGUCGCAUGCCAGCGGUAGCACCAAGGUACACAGGAGUUUCCCUUCGCUGGUUUGCAGGGACGGCUGCCAGUGCACUGUCCAGGCACUUCCUCAGACUGAGCCCUGCAGCAGCAGGGUCCUGGGCAUAGCUAGAGAUGCCAUCUCCUACGGACAAGCAGGGGACAGGGGUGUGAGUCACUGGUAUAUUAUUUUAAGUGACAACCAUCACUGGGUGGUAAAUUAUGAUUUGUCUUGGCCCUUGCGAUCAAGCUGCCAUGAAAAUAAGUGUAAGAUGACUGAAGGGCGUAUUAGUGGCGAAUCCUAACUACUCUCCCAUUGACAUCAACUUUCCCAAAAUGUACUGUUUUAAAAAAAAAACUUCCAGAUGAGGAACUCCAGGUUGGAGAAUGCCCUUGCAGCUUAUUCCCUCCAGAUUCCAUUCCAACCAACUUCUGGGAAUUUUGGGAAAGUUACUGGAAUUUUGAAACCUUAACAUCAAUGCAUGACUAAGUGAAGAUUUGACUUACGUAGAAGUUAGGAUUCACCCCUAAGAGAUAAAAUAAUAGAGUAGUAAUAAUCGUUCACUGACAACACUCAGCACUGACCGUCAACAUCACAGACCAGCAUCUGUGACACCACCCCAGUGUUGUUUUCUUUGUUGCCAGGCCAGCGGUACAUGUAG